CUCCUUUUGCUUCGAAGUUAGCCACCUAAACAACAAAAACUUUCCGGUUAACCAAAAACCCCAUCGAGAGCGGUGCGAGAAAGACAGAGCCUUUAGAGAGAGAAAGAGGAGAGAAAGCACAUAAAAGAGUACAACCCAUGAAAGAAAAGAGAAAACCCAGAAGCAGAAACCAUUUUCCUCCAUUUAUUUUCUUGGGAAACAAACACCACCUUGGCCUAUAGCUUGCUUCACACCUCUCUCUUGAGUCUCACUCUCUCUCUCCGGAGAUGCAGAAGAUUUAUUGCCAUUUAGAUAUGCGAGGUCUGAAACUUUUAGACCGGUUCACAAGCACACAAGUCCAUGCUGUAAAUCCCAUAGAAACCUCCAAUGGCAAAUCUUAUGGCGGUGUUUCGAGAGCUAAGUUUAAUUCCCAUCUGAUUAAGUCUUUUGGGUCGAACUCAAAGCCCAAAAAGUCGAGCUCAGUCUCUGUGGCUGAAGCUCUUCUGCUUCCCUAUGGAGUCCCAGCUACUGACCUCCUUGAGCCCUCCAUAGACCCCCACCUUAAGCCAUCUGAUUUCGUCGAAAACUUGGCUGACUUGUAUCACCGGUUGGAGGGGUGUUCCUCUCAUUCUGAGAGGUCAUUGUUGUGUGUUCAGCAGUACUCUCUGUUGGGUGGGCUUGGUGAUCCCAAGCUGCUUCGCCGUUGUCUCCAAUCUGCUCGACAGAAUGCUGCUGAUGUGCAUGAUAAGGUUGUGCUCUCGGCGUGGUUGAGGUUCGAGAGGAGGGAGGAUGAGCUUGUGGGAAUGGCAGCUUUGGAUUGUGGUGGGCAAGUUCUUGAGUGUCCUAAGGUUGCGUUGGUAAGUGGGGUUGAUCCGAAUUUGGUUUCUGGUCAUUGUCAAUGUGGGGAAGACGCUGCUAAUGCUGUUAACGUGCCUUUUUUUGAGGGCAGUGAAUGUGUGGGUUUAGAUGAGGAGGAAAGUGACGUUUCAUUUUGUAUAGGAGAUGAAGAAAUUUAUUGUAGAAGGUGUAAAAUUGCGUCACUUUCUAGCCCUUUUGAGGCUAUGUUGUAUGGAUGUUUUAAAGAAUCGAAAAAGGGUAGGAUUGAUCUUUCGGAAAAUGGGAUGUCUGUAAAGGGAAUGAGAGCUGUGGAAGUGUAUAGUAGGACUAGGAGGUUAGACUUGUUUAGUCCCGAGAUUGUUGUUGAGUUACUUUCGUUUGCGAAUAGGUUCUGUUGUGAGGAGAUGAAGUCUGCUUGUGAUGCUUAUUUAGCUUCACUGGUUGAUAAUGUCGAUGAUGCAUUGGUUCUUAUUGAAUACGGUUUGGAGGAGAUGGCAUAUCUUCUUGUAGCUGCCUGCUUGCAGGUGCUGCUGAGAGAGCUCCCAAGUUCUCUGCAUAAUCCAAAGGCGAUGAAAUUUCUUUGUAGCUCCAAGGUUAGGGAGAGAUUGGCCAUGGCAGGGUAUGGUUUCUUAUUGUAUUAUUUUUUAAGCCAUGUGGCAAUGGAGGAAAGUAUGGUGUCAAACACAACUGUAAUGUUAUUAGAGAGGUUGGAAGAAUGUGCAACACAGUGUUGGCAGAAGACGCUUGUGUUGCAUCAAUUGGGUUGUGUUCUGCUCGAAAGAAGACAGUAUAAGGAUGCCCAGUUUCGCUUUCUGGCUGCGGCUGAGGCAGGUCAUGUUUAUUCAGUGGCUGGUGUUGCAAGGACGAAGUACAAACAGGGGCAACAGUAUUCGGCGUAUAAAUUGAUGAGCUCUAUUAUCAAUGAGUAUAAACCAGCGGGGUGGAUGUACCAAGAGCGUGCCCUCUACAAUAUCGGGAAAGAGAAGAUUUUGGAUUUGAGCACUGCAACUGAUUUAGAUCCCACUCUUUCAUUUCCAUAUAAAUAUAGAGCCGUUGCAAAUUUUGAGGAGAAGCAAAUUAGAGCAGCUAUUUUGGAGAUUGACAAAGUUGUUAGGUUCAAGUUAAAGCCUGACUGCAUUGAAUUGCGGGCUUGGUUCUUCAUUGCACUUGAAGAUUAUGAAAGUGCUCUUAGAGAUAUUCGUGUUUUAUUAACUUUAGAACCCAAUUACAUGAUGUUUCAUGGAAAAGUUAGCGGGGAUUACUUGGUGGGGCUUCUCAGCCUUCGGGUUAAGCAAUUGAGUGAAGCUGAGUGCUGGAUGCAACUAUAUGAUCAAUGGUCGUCUGUUGAUGACAUUGGAUCUCUGGCUAUCAUACAUCAGAUGUUGGGACAUAACCCUCGAAAAAGCCUCCUGCAGUUUCGUCAAUCUUUACUCCUUUUGCGGUUAAAUUGUCAGAAGGCUGCAAUGCGCAGUUUGCGGUUGGCAAGAAAUAAUUCUGGCUCUGAGCAUGAGAGGCUGGUUUAUGAAGGGUGGAUUUUAUAUGACACCGGGAAUCGUGAAGAAGCUCUCGCAAAGGCGGAAAAGUCCAUACACAUUCAGAGAUCAUUUGAAGCUUUUUUCCUUAAAGCGUACGCACUGGCAGAUGCUAGCUUGGACUCUGAAGCAUCAUCUCAUGUUGUUCAACUGCUUGAGGAAGCUCUCAGGUGUCCUUCAGAUGGCCUCCGUAAAGGACAAGCCCUAAAUAACUUGGGGAGUAUAUAUGUGGAUUGUGGUAAGCUGGACAAGGCUGCGGACUGCUACAAGAGUGCUCUUGACAUCAAGCAUACAAGAGCUCAUCAGGGGUUGGCGCGUGUUUAUCAUCUUAAGAAUCAAAGGAAAGCUGCAUAUGAUGAGAUAACCAUGCUCAUAGAGAAGGCACAAAGUAAUGCAUCAGCAUACGAGAAACGGUCAGAGUACAGUGAUCCCGAGAUGGCAAAGAAUGAUCUCAAUAUGGCAUCACAAUUGGAUCCAUUUAGGACAUACCCGUACAGAUACAGGGCAGCAGUGCUGAUGGAUGAACAAAGAGAGACCGAAGCUAUAGAAGAGCUUACAAGGGCCAUAUCUUUCAAGCCUGACUUGCAAAUGCUUCAUCUUCGAGCUGCAUUUUAUGAGUCCAUCGGAGAUUUAAGCUCUGCUCUCCGAGAUUGUCAAGCAGCUCUCUGCAUGGACCCCAACCACACAGACACUAUCGACUUGUAUAAUCGAGCCAGGGACUGAGAUACUAUUUAGCGUGUUUAUAUGCUGCUCAUGACUCCAUUGUGUGGGAGACUUCAUCUUUAGUGUUGAACAGGUAAAACUACAGGGGCUUCAUUGUUCGAAAAGUCUCCCAGAAACCAUAAUCUCGAAGCUGUUCAGCUGCAAACCCGCCCGGCCACAACAAGGUAUUGGUUCAAUGGAAAAAGAUCGCCAAUGUAAUGCUUUGUAUAUAUGGCAUUGUCGAUAGAUCGCGAUGAAACUUGAACUGCAAGCCGCAAGCAGCCUUCUUGACCACUCUAGUUGGAGAUGGUUAUGCAAGAAAGAAUCACAUAGUAGCACAGGUUGAAGAUUAGCAAUCCAUUUUCCAACUUUUAAUUUUAUUUUUAAAAUUCUCAAUCAUAUUGCCUUGAGAAUUGUUUGAUGUCAAUCGACGAGAAAACGGAUUUCCAAUACAAUCCCAUUGUACAUUAGCAAAGUUGAGGACAUCUAUUUAUCUCAAUUAUUGCAACAUAUUUGAGAUUUUCCUUUC